UGGUUGGCAGAGGGUGGGACAGCACAGCGUCCGCCUGCCCACGCAGCAAGACGCCGCUGUAGUCGGUCUGUCGCCACCACACGUGUAGCUCAGCGGGGGCUCGAUGCCCGAGGCGAGCAGCAGCGCUAUGGCGGAGGCGGCGGCGCUCAGCGACGAGCCGGACCUGAGCACGUUCGAGAACAAGUCGGGCCUGGCCGAGGACAUGAAGUUCCUGGCGUCGAUGCCGGAGCUGUGUGACGUCACCUUCCUGGUGGGCGACACGCGGGAGCCCGUCUGCGCCGUCAAGGCGGUGCUGGCCGCCAGGAGCAGAGUGUUCCACAAGAUGCUGUACCAGGCGCCGAGCCCGCAGCGAAAGAAGGAGCAGGCUCCCAAGGAGAACAAGUUGCGGCUCUUCCUCAAGCGCAGCAGUGAGCCGCUGCUCAACCUGCAGAACGCCGCGCAACAGCGAGGCUUCUCCCAGCAACUGGCGCCAAUCCAAGAGCCAAAAGGCAACCAGCACCACACCCUCAUCAUCGAGGAGUUCGAGCCGGACGUCUUCCGUCAGCUCAUCGAGUACAUCCACACCGGCUGCGUCACGCUGCAGCCAAGGACCCUACUCGGGGUGAUGAACGCGGCCGACUACUACGGGCUGGACGAGCUGCGGCGCGCAUGCGCGGGCUUCGUGCAGUGCUGCAUCAACGUGGACACCGUGUGCGCCCUGCUGGCGUCCGCCGAGCGCUACAUCCAGUACAAGUGCACCAAGUCGCUCGUCCAGAAGGUGCUGGAGUUCGUCGACGAACACGGGAACGAAGUGCUGAACCUCGGGUCGUUCACGCUGCUGCCGCAGCACGUGGUUCGUCUCAUCCUCGCCAGGGACGAGCUGAGAGCCGAUGAGUUCACCAAGUUCCAGGCGGCGCUGAUGUGGAGCAAGAAGUACUGCGACAACAACCCCAACACGGCGCUGAAGGACGUGAUCGGCAACUUCCUGGAGUACAUCCAGUUCCACAAGAUCCCGGCCAACGUGCUGAUGCGCGAGGUGCACCCGCUCGGCCUGGUGCCCUACAGCAUCAUCAUGAACGCGCUCGCCUACCAGGCAGACCCAACAAGUGUCGACCCCGGGAAGCUGUCCCCCAACAGAGUGAGGCGUCAGGCGCAGGGCCGCUCCAUGUCGGUCCAGUCGUCGCUGGACCCGUACGGCAGCAACACGACGCUCAGCUCCACCGGCUCCAGCGAGAUGGCCAGCAGCGAGGGCGCCGGCACCAAGCACUCCUCCAACUGA